UGUAAUUCAAGAAAAAUGUUAAAAAUUUGGAAAUUUUUUUGCAAUAUGCGACAAAUAAUGUAUAUCCAAUGUAAGUACAAUUCGAUCAUCGUGAUUAAUGUUUAUUUAAUAAUCAUUUUACUUAUAUUAAAUAUUAUUGAUCAGACCAUUUAGAUCGUCAAAAUACGUACGAUAUUUUUCUCGAGGAAAUAAAAAAUGCCAAAAAUAUGUACUGAUCCGAAAUGUCCUUUGAAUAAAUACGCGAAGUAAGUUAUUCAAAUUAUUUCUGUGAUAUCUCUUAUAUUAUUUCUAAACAUUUUUACCUUUCAUAUUUCUCUACCAAGUUUUAUUUUGAAUUUUACAGUACUCAAAAAUCACGAAAAGAUUCAUGUAAAAUUCAUGGAAAGGCAUGCAUCAAAUAUUCCUCUGAUCAUGCACGAGAGAAUCGUAGCGGCGAACAUGAACGAACAAAAUAUUGUAAAAAAUUAUGUCGAAAAAAGGAUCAAAAGUUACAAGAGACGACAACAAAAGCUGCUCGUUGUGGGAUAUGUUGUAAAAAGUAUAACAUUUAUAUAUAAUUAAUAUAUAAAUAAUAAAUAAAUAAAUUCUAUUAUUUUUUAGCGAAAGAUGUCAAAUAAUUGAAUCUACCAGCAUAGAACCUGGCACAUCAUCCACAGAUUCAUUGCCAAUAAAACGGUAAAUUAUUUACAAUCUUAUAAUCAUUAACAAAAUUUGUACAAAUAAAUAAUCUUUACUAAAAAUCCUACAGUUCGAAAAAACACGGAAUGAAAAAACAAAUACAUGAGGAAAAAGAAGACAAAUCUUUUUGCGAAUGUAGACGUAAAAGAUGUUGCGAUAGAAGAGAACAAAAUCAAAAAAUGAGAAAAAGAGUUAAAUAUCGUUCUCGUCGUAAGAGAAAAAGAAAAGAUAAUUGGUUAACAAAUUGUUUAAGAAAACUUUGCUUUUGCGUGAAGACUCCUGUGAGUUAUGAACAACCGAAUGCGUAUGAACGAUCUCGUGAAACUUUAUUACAAAGUUGCAAAUGUUGUAACACGUACAGAGAUAAACAUAAAGGAACAUCGAAGAAAUCGCAUCAUUCAAAAAAUACGAUUUUUCUUGCAGAUGAUAAAAAAACAUUGAGAGAAGAUACUGCGAGAUAUCACCGAGCUAAUGGAUUAGAACAAAAAUGUCAAUGCAUCAACACCAUUGCGAAGAAUCGAGAGACAUCUCAACAUCAGUCAUAUUUACAAGGUGUUUUAUCAAAAGGAUUCAAUAUUAUGUGUAGAGGUAUAAAUUUUUGUAUAUGAACAAACGUUAUCUCCAACUUCAC